GAGAAGCAGAGAUCGAGAGUGACGAUGACGAUGACUAUGAUGAUGACUGCAAAAAAUCGUCAACGGAUGAAGGCACUGCUGGCAGAGAAGCCAUGGCCACUGAAGAAAUGUCUAACCUGGUGAACUACAUACAGCCAGUGAAGUUUGAGUCUUUUGAGAUAUCAAAAAAACGCAACAGGAGUUUUGAAAUGUCUUCCUUUGUGGAAACCAAAGGGCUUGAGCAACUCACGAAGUCUCCAGUGGAAUUCGUGGAAUAUAACAAAAGGCAGCUUAGCAGGAUUUAUCCAAAGGGAACACGUGUAGAUUCCUCAAACUACAUGCCUCAAGUCUUCUGGAAUGCUGGCUGUCAACUGGUUGCUCUUAACUUCCAAACUGUAGAUUUGUCUAUGCAAAUAAACAUGGGGAUGUAUGAAUACAAUGGCAAAAGUGGUUACAGGCUAAAGCCAGAGUUUAUGAGAAGACCAGACAAACAUUUUGACCCGUUUACUGAAAGUAUUGUGGAUGGAAUAGUAGCCAACACUUUGUCUGUGAAGAUAAUUUCAGGUCAGUUUCUUUCGGAUAAAAAAGUUGGUACUUAUGUAGAAGUAGACAUGUUUGGCCUGCCUGUGGAUACAAGACGAAAAGCUUUAAAGACAAAGACCUCUCAAGGCAAUGCUGUUAAUCCUGUAUGGGAAGAAGAACCCAUAGUAUUUAAGAAGGUGGUUCUGCCUUCUCUGGCAUGUUUGAGGAUAGCAGUAUACGAAGAAGGAGGAAAGUUUAUCGGACAUCGGAUAUUGCCUGUCUCAGCAAUUCGACCAGGCUAUCACUACAUCUGUCUGAGGAAUGAGCGGAACCAGCCUUUGAUGCUGCCAGCAGUCUUUGUGUAUAUAGAGGUUAAAGACUACGUACCCGAUACUUAUGCAGACGUGAUUGAAGCAUUAUCCAAUCCAAUUAGAUAUGUAAACUUGAUGGAACAAAGAGCUAAACAGCUGGCAGCACUCACACUGGAGGAUGAAGAAGAGGUAAAGAAAGAGGUUGAUCAGGGGGAUGCACCAUCAGAAGCUAAUAAUGAGCCCAGACCAACACCAGCAGAAAAUGGACUAAGUCACUCCACUUCUCUGACAACGAAGCCAGCAACUCAGGUUGUCCAUAGUCAACCAACCCCGGGUUCUGUGAAAGCACCUGCAAAAACUGAAGAUCUUAUUCAGAGUGUCCUAACAGAAGUGGAAGCACAGACUAUUGAGGAGCUAAAACAACAGAAGUCAUUUGUUAAACUUCAGAAGAAGCACUACAAAGAAAUGAAGGACCUUGUAAAGAAACACCACAAGAAAACUACUGAUCUGAUCAAAGAGCACACUGCAAAAUACAACGAAAUCCAGAACGACUACCUGCGUCGUAGGGCAGUCUUAGAAAAAAACACAAAAAGGGAAAGUAAGAAAAGAUGUGAAACUGGCAGCCCGGAUCACAGUUCAACUAUUGAACAAGAACUGGCUGCCCUUGACUCAGAAAUGACCCAGAAGUUAAUAGAACUAAAGGAAAAGCAACAACAGCAGCUCCUCAAUCUCCGACAGGAACAGUAUUAUAGUGAAAAGUAUCAGAAGCGAGAACAUAUUAAGCUGCUCAUUCAGAAGCUGACAGAUGUGGCAGAGGAAUGUCAGAGCAGCCAGUUAAAGAAACUGAAAGAGACUUGUGAAAAAGAAAAGAAGGAGUUAAAGAAGAAAAUGGACAAGAAGAGGCAGGAGAAGAUCACAGAAGCUAAAUCCAAGGAUAAAAAUCAAGUGGACGAGGAGAAGACGGAAAUGAUUCGAUCAUAUAUCCAGGAAGUGGUGCAGUACAUAAAGAGGCUAGAAGAUGCUCAGAGUAAAAGACAGGAGAAACUUGUAGAAAAACACAAGGAGAUUCGUCAGCAAAUACUGGAUGAAAAGCCCAAG